UGACGUAAUUUCCACGCGCCUCAUUCUCGUCAAACAACAGAGUCGGUUUUUUUGUGUUUCUUUUAGCUGUUGUUAAGGUUCACCUGUAAUGUCUCAGCAGCCGUGUCCGUUACCUCCUGACUGUCCUUCUGUGGUGGUCACUGCUAAUGUGCAGAAAUUUGCCAUGAAGAAAAAGAAAGUCCUCAACACUGAGGAAAAUGAGCUGUAUGAACUAACACAGGCAGCAGGGGUCACUGUGGACCAAGAAGUAUUCAAAAUUAUUGUAGACCUUUUGAAGAUGAAUGUGGCUCCACAGGCGGUCUUCCAGACUUUGAAGUCAAUGUGUGCAGGUCAAAGGGUAGCUGAAGGCUGUGCUGCAGAGACAACCGUCUCUUCCCACCCUACCAACAUCCCCACAGUUCCUGCAGAAGUCAAAGUGCGCAGUAAAGCUGGAGCGAGCCACAGCGAAAAGAGUAAAGAGGCCCAGAGUCAGAGAACGCAGAGGCAGCCCAGCGCCACCAGGGGGCAGAAGACAAAGAGUUCUGGCAGCAGUAGUUCCUCCUCACAGAUAAACUCUACCUGAGACUCAGGUCAGCCUGAGAAUAUUUGGUAAUAUGUUGCAUUUACAGUUAUCUGCAUGUUUAUUAUGUGGCUUGUUUAACUUUCUCACAUGUAAAUAUCAUAAAAUCCCAGACGUCUGUCUGGUGCGGCCCCAGCGGGCGGCACUGUGAGCGAGUGGAACCUUUUGUCUGGUUGUUACGUGACAUUUACACAGUU